AUGAGGAGUGACAGAACAUCAGGAGUCAGAGAACAUCAGGAGUCAGAGAACAUCAGGAGUCAGAGAACAUCAGGAGUCAGAGAACAUCAGGAGUCACAGAACAUCAGGAGUCAGAGAACAUCAGGAGUCAGAGAACAUGAGGAGAGCGGCGGGGAGACAGUUCUCGUCCGGAUCCUGGUCUCCAGAGGCUGGUUCGGUUUUUCGGAGCCGCUCCGGUUCAGGUCGGUGCCGGAUCUGGUCCAGUUUCACAGAACCAGGACUUUGAGCAGCUACAACCCAGCGCUGAACGUGAGACUGGAGAGACCGCUCUGCAGGGAGGGGGCGGAGCUAAAGGACGAGGCGGAGCUUGUGAAGGAGGAGGCGGAGCUUGUGAAGGAAAGACUUCAGGAAACUUUAAUAACAUUUCAGGAAAAAAGUCGAGAGUUCGACCGACUUCAGGAUCUGCUCCAAAAGACGACACAGGAAAUCCAAACGAAGCGAACGGCAAUAGAAGCUUUUAACGAGACCAUAAAGAUUUUUGAGGGCCAGUGCAGCACUCAGGACCAGGACCAGGACUCAGGUCUGGACUCAGGUCUGGACUCGGGUCUGGACUCGGGUCUGGACUCGGGUCUGGACUCGGGUCUGGACUCGGGUCUGGACUGGGACCGAUUGAGGUCUAGACUGGUUGAAAUUCGAGAGACCAGGACUCGUUUGGAGCAGGAGCUGGAGUUGAAAGUCCAGGAGCUCGAAGACACAGAGCAGAGUCUGGACCAACUCAGACUGGACCUGAGCCAGAUCCAGAGCAGCACAGACGACCUGCUCAGUCGACUGAACCAAAGUGUCCAGAUGGGGCAGACAGACCCCGCCCCCUGCUCCUGUGACCCCGCCCCCUGCUCCUGUGACCCCGCCCCCCUCUGGCCCCUCAGCUCCUGGUUCGUUGGGUCUCUGUGUCGCUCCGAGGCCGAGGAGAUUCUUCAGGGAAAACCAUCGGGAACGUUUCUGAUCCGAGAGAGCAGCCUGAAGGACUGCUACGCCUGCUCCCUCGUGGUGGCGUCGCAGGUCCGGCACUGUGUGAUCUUCUGCUCGGACCAAGGUCUGGGAUUCGAACCCUCGACUCGGUUUAGGAGCCUCCAAGACUUGGUUCAGUUCUACAGCAGGACUUCACUGGUCCAACACAAUCAGGCGCUGGACGUAAGACUGCAGAGGCCAGUGUGGGCGGAGACAGGGGGCCAGGGGGAGGAGACAAGGGUAGAGGGAGGAGACGAGAGGAGGAGACAACCAUAGACUUUAUAUAGAAAUGGACAAAGCUAACCUGCU